UUAUAACAGGAUAUCUCACUGGCGCGAAAAACGCACUGUGUGGCUUUCUAUUACACAUUGUGGGGCGGAACUAGUGCCUGUUGUUGGAGCCCCGGCGUUUUUUUUUUGCUUUUUUUCUGCUAAACUAAGGCAAAAGUACAGACUGCGUCGAAACACCGCAUCUCUGGAUCCAGCAACAACUCAGACAGCUUUUAUCCGCUUGAUCUCCACCAGUGGACACUUUGCUCUUUGGCUGCUGAGGGAUUUUCCAUGCCCUGAAUUUCGCAUUAGGAUUUUGCGGAGAGCCGGUUGUUCUUCAGAGGCCACUGGUGUCAUUUGAUCAUUUCUGGGGAUAAACUCUCGAGGAUUUUAUCAGCUUGAAAAUGGAGUUAGACUGGUUCCAGCACUAUUUUCUCGAUGAUUUUGACACUGAGGAGGAUUUUUACAAAUCAACCGCACCAAGCGAGGACAUUUGGAAAAAGUUCGAGCUGCUGCCCACCCCUCCCAUGUCUCCCACCCGGACUCUGAGCGGUGCUGCUCUGCACCCCUCGUCGGGAGACAAGCGGAGCUGGCUGUCCAAGGUCCUGGGUCAGGACGAGGAGUGCGAGGGUCAGUUCAUUCCGGACACGGAGGAGCUGUUCGGCAACCUCAGCUCUAUCAUCAUCCAGGACUGCAUGUGGAGUAGUUUCUCUGCAAGUAAGCAGCUUGAGAAGGUCAACGGGAGGCUGUCAGCUGCGGCACAGACCAGCGUCCCUCCGGUGGCACAGAUCUCCAUGAGACCGAGCAAAGCGCAGUGCGUCUCGCCCGGUGGCCCGCUCGCCACCUCGGCGACAGACUGCGUCGACCCCGCGGCUGUUCUCACCUUCCCGGCAAACAGCUGCAGGAAGCCGGCGUCGUCUGGCUCCGAGUCUCGCUCUGAUUCCUCUGAUGAUGAAGAGGAAAUUGAUGUGGUCACUGUUGAGAGCAAGCAGAACCGGGUGCGGCUGGUGAACGUCCGAAAACCAGUGACCAUCACGGUCCGUGCAGACCCCUGCCCAAAACGCUUCCACAUGUCUGUGCACCGGCAGCAGCACAACUACGCCGCCCGCUCCCCAGACAGUGAGCCAGAACCUGAAGAGGAAGAGGAGGAAGAGGAGGAGGAGGAGGAGGAGGAAGAGGAAGAGUACGAGGAAGAGCCCCAAAGCAAACGUACAUGCACAGCAUCCAGUCAGCAUCUGGGCUCAUUGUCUUGUGUCUCCCACCUAUCCUCCCCCUCGGAGACUCCUCAGAACUCAGACACAGAGGACACUGACCGCAGGAGGAACCACAACUUCCUGGAGAGGAAGAGGAGGAACGACCUCAGGUCCCGCUUCCUCGCCCUGCGGGAUCAGAUCCCCGGUCUGGAGUCGGCCAAGACUCCAAAGGUGGCCAUCCUGACUCAGGCAACAGAGUACCUCACAGAGCUGCACACCAGGGAGAAACGGCAGCUCCAGGAGAGGAAACGCCUCAAAGCCCGACAGCAGCAGCUUCUCCGCAGGUUAUCUGAGCUGAAGCGCUCUUGAGGCGCAAACGAGUGUGCUUCCAAAAUAAACUCCUUUACACAGUCCAGAACUUUAUUCUCAAGUUACCUGUCACUUUUGAAAAGCUACCGUUUUUAUAUAACAACAUGCCUCAUGUAAAUAGCUGUGAUUUUUUUUGUUUUGUUUGGAAUACAUUUAAAAUGCUGUGGGCUUCCUAUGAAUUGACUGUGCUGGCCUAUGAACCUGUUAUUGGGGAGGAGCAGUUAAAUCUCAGUGUGUUGUGUUGGUUUUUUUUAAUUUGCACAGUGUUUUAGUCAUGGACAGGGGUUAAAUUGAAUUGAUUUUUUUAAAUAGCUAUGACCAAGAUAUUUCCUGGUAUGCUGUGAUGGGAAAUGAGAGCAGAGUGUGUUAAUAGUUUACCAGUGUGGUAGUGAAUUUGUAGCCUUGAGAAUGGGUGUGGAGGUUGUUUGAGAUGUCUUCAUUUCAUCAUUGCACACUUACAUUGGAGUGAAGUGUAAAGGCCUUGCUGUGUACAUAUGGGUGAGUGAGUCAGUUGUAGGUUUGUUUGUUUUUUUUUUUUUUAUGACUGACUGUUUGAUGUACAAAUUGUUCUGUAAAUUAGAGCUUAUCACUCCUGGUGAAGGAGGCAAAAAUCAAGAGUUGGCACCGAGCUUUUCUCCUCCUGGAUGACGUGCCACCAGGCAUCAAGGAGCAUCUAUUUUGUUAAGAAAAUAAGAAAAAUUGACAAAAAAAAAGUAAUAAGUAGCACUGCUGUACUUUAUAUUCACACGUCACUUUGUGAUUUCAAUGCUUCUUCUGAUUUUGGUUGAUUUUAAAGCAUGCUAAUAGCAACAUUAAAUUUUAUACCACAUUUGCAUACAAACCUUCUUUGUUUUUUAUUUAAAUAAAACACAUUACACUGUUGGAAAUAA